AAGCGUUGCCCUGUGGUCAGUUGGGUAUCACAGUUCAGUCUGCCUUCCUGCUAAUCACACCUAGCCAACCAUCCUCAAACCAAGCAAUAUGUUCGCCAAGAUUGUGCUCGUUGCCCUCUGCGUGGCCUCUGCCCAGGCUGGUCUCCUGCCCUUCCAUGCUCCUGCUCCCCUAGCUGCUCCUUUGGGAACUCCUUUCGCUGCUCCUCUGGCAGCUCCAUUGGCUGCUCCUCUGGCUGCUCCUGUGGCCACUGCUGGCGUGGUGGCUCCCUAUGCCUCCAGCUUCAAUGCCCACCGCAUCAACCACGCCGUUGCCUACCCAGUGGCUCCUGCACCCGUUGCCUUCGCUGCUCCCGUUCCCGCUCCCCUUCCCGUCCCUGUGGCUGCUCCCGCUCCAGUGGCCUUUGCUGCUCCCGCUCCUCUGCCAGUGGCUGCUGCUCCUGCUCCUGUUGCCUUUGCUGCUCCCGCUAAGGUUGGAUUCGGUGUGCCCGCCUUCGCCGCUCCUGCUCCAGUGGCUGCUCCUCUUGGAUUCGCCCCUGCCCCAGCGCCAGUUGCCUUCGCUGCCCCAGCCAAGUUUGGAUUCGCACCCUUCGCCGCUCCCCUGGCUGCUCCAGUGCCAGCACCUCUGGCUGUGGCCCCCAAGUUCGCCCCCGCCCCAUACUUCUUCUAAGGAUAUAGUCACAGGAUCACCAAACUCACUCCCAUCCGUCCUAUUAGCUUGUAGAACUUAGCCCAAAUCUUCAUACCUAGAGAGCAGCAAUGCUUGGCGAAUAAAUAAUUAAAUCAUUAAUCAAA